GGCGCUGAGUCAGACUCAUAUGGGGAACACGUAAAUAGUUAAUAAGACCGCAUUGAACCGCGAGUCACCUCCCGCUACACAAGUACAACGUAAGAAAACCGGGACUAUGCAGUCCUGGAAAAGUCAUAAACUUGCUUAUGUUCGUUCAACAAGACUCCACUACCAAACUGAGCUGGCCUCCAUAUCCUUACGUACAGUACAGGUACCUUGAACCGAGUCUGACGCAUACUGUAGCGGGAGUCUACAGAGGUGUCAGUAUCAUUGGAACUUUUUAAAGUUGAGACCAAGGGGAAGUUGGGAUGCAGGCCAAGAGGGCGGGCGCUUCCCCGGCUGGCUGGCAGCCACGCUACUAGUACUUAGUAGUCAUGGUCCGUGCCCUCUCGUUCGCGAAGCGGACCCCGCUGCUGCAUCUCCGCAACCGCGGCAGGAGUUCCGAAAUGAUGCCAUCAGCCUUGUCCAACCUAAAUCGAACCUCUACAGAGCCGAGUGUUACUGGCACCGCUCUGCAUACGUGUGCUCCACCGCGUCGGACGGACGAGCUCGAGGACUCGAGAACCCGAGUGCGCGGACGAAGUUUGAAGAGCUAGUCAGGAUCUAAAGCUCCGUCGUCAUGGACAUUGCAUACGACCACAUCCAGGAAUCGAACUUCCCAGAGGAGCACAGCGACUCGCCGUCAGCGGACAAGAAGCCGGCCGCGCAAACAAGCUUAAAUGCCGACUUGCAAGAUGCGUAUCGAGCCUUUUCCUCCAGCCCUUGGGGCGCCCGGAUUGGGGGCUUCCUCGGGACUGUCGUGAAGCAGGGUGAAUCCGUCUACCGCGGAGCGCAGCAGGAGCUUUCCGCCGUCGGCCAGGAUGCCACGCGCGGCCUCACCGAUCUGCGCCAAUCAAUCAUCAACCACACGCGAAACUUGUCCCUGAACACAUCCCCAUUCGCCGCAGGGUCGUCGGCGGACCAAGCGUCCAGGGAAACAGGUGACAACAACGAGACGACGCCGACCACAGCGAGCAGGAAUAUCUCCUCGGAGGACGCGCUCAAGGAGUCGGAGACGGUGCUCUCCCGGCUGCGCGGGGAAGCAGCGAAGCGGCUGAAGGACCUGCAGAGGGCCGAGGACGCCGCAGACGAGGCGCUGCUCAGGUUCGGGUCCAACCUGCGAGACUUCUUCCGCGACGCCAUCACGAUUGCGCCUCCGGCCGGCGACGAGGCGGACAACCAGGGCAGCACGGUGCUGUUUGAGAGCAAGGAUGCGCACGGCAAGAGGGUCAUCCACACGUCGCGCUUCGACGCGCAGCUGCACGUCAUCCACACCUCUCCCGAGCGCUUCACCAAGGACGGCACCGGAGCCGAGUUCGAGGCUUGGGCGAAGGAUUUUGACGUUGACAAGAAGACGGCGGAUAUCAGCAGCGAUCUAGAAAAGUAUCUUGAAUUGAGGGCGACAAUGGAGAAACUUGUGCCCGACAAGGUUCCAUAUGCGGAUUUCUGGAGGCGGUACUACUUCUUCAGACACGGCAUUGAGACAGCCGAGGCGCGGAGGAAAGAUCUGCUCAAGGCUGCUGCGGCCGAAGAAGAGGUUGGCUGGGACGAGGACUCGGACGACGAGACUGAGGAUGGCUCAAGUGAUGCUUCUGCGGCACCAAACCGGCCUCGCUCGACAGGAUCGUCAGGCACCAUCCAGCCGCCAGCCCCAGCUCCAGACCAGGGCCUUUUGAAACCGUCCGAGCCCCGGAAGUCCAACGAUGAGAAGUCGCAGGCGGGCAGUGAUGCCAGCUACGACGUUGUGGGAGCCACGUCUGGUGUUCCCAGCCAGGCGCCCAGCAGCCCGAAGGAGGCGCGCAAGGUCGACGACGACAGCGACGAGGAGGAUUGGGAGUGAAGUGCUGUGUCUCCGGCGUUCGGAAAUAAGGAGACGGAGGAGGCGUGGUUCUCUUUUUUUUUCCCAGGCUGGUCUGCCGGAGUUGGAUCGGCUCUUCUUUUCUUCCUUGGUCAUUCAACCUUCUCAGAGGACCUGGGUUCUCGUACCGUACAUAGGUAGUCAACUACCCAAUAUGCCGGCCCGCUCGAAUCACAACCACGGCUCUGCGCAACCCCCUUAUGCCGCUCUGAACAUCCCCGCUUCAACCCCCCCCC